CUAUCGCACCGGCCGCGGCGCGCGGACGCCCCGUUCGAUUUUCGAACGAAAGCCCGCGAACGGGAAGGCGGGAAACGUUUUGAAAUUGUUUAUGGUUUCCUAUUUUUAUUUUUAAAGCGUUUUGUUUUUAAAUUUUGUUGAUUGUUAAAAAAGUUUGUGUUAAGUAAUAAUUAAAUUUAAUGUUAAAUUUGCGUCCGAUCUUAGUGUUUUUAAGAUAAAACUCGUGCAAAAAUAACUAAUCAGUAAGGUCAGAGAUCUUCGCUGUUUCGUUCGGUCCGAUAACGGGUGCAAAUGUCUCAAAAGACAGAGUUGUUUGAAACUGCGAGCGAAGCACACGGUUACUGGAAAUAAGUAAACAAACAGUGAAUCAUUAAGCGGUUAUCAAUGCAGGAUGGCGUGUCAGGCCGCGAGUUGGAUUCCAAACGCGGUCGCGACAAUACUGCGUGCCGACAGCACCGCACAGCCAAUAAUCGCUUGGCUAACGACUAUACGCGAUUCUACGGAAGAAUACGACCCUUUAGUGACAGUGAAAACGGAUUUAUCGGACUCGGAAGACUCGGAUUCCACUACAACUACGACACCGGAUAGCGCGUUCGACGAAAUACUCUCGCAGUUAGGGAAAGAGAUUUAUAAAUUAGACGAAUAUCAGAAAAUCUUAGGACCAGAGGAACAGGAAGUGUCAUUAAGUAUUUUGAAUAUUUUUGAUGAGUGUCUGGAAGGAUUCGAAAACGGUUUUGAAGUGAAAGAAGUGGGGAACGGAUUUGAAGUGACUCCGGUACAAAUAAGUGCGCCGAGUGAAAACUGUCAUGUUACUGUGAAAGAAAACGGUGUGACCAAGGCCAAGGAAAACGGCGAGGAGUGCAGCGACUGUGAAUCGACUUUAUCUGACGUCUCUUUCGUUACUAGCACGCCGGCUAAGUGUGAGAAAGUGAAUGUUGUAAACAAAAUAUUUUACCAAGGUGAAGGCACGCCCGUCCCGCCGCCGCGGUCUAGGUUAAAGACGCCCUCGUCUAGUUCAUCUUGUUAUGACAAUAUGGAAUUGAAAACUAGUGUAAACAAUGGGGUGAAGCGAGAUAGCGACAGCGAUUCAGAGAGUACUUGUUGGAGUUAUAAAGAAUGCAGCGAAGCGGACGAUCCUAAGGACAGAUACGCGACAGUCUGGUCGCAGUCAACAGGUUUCCACAACUCCGAUGAGAUUUUACGAAGGGUGUUAUCGCAGAACCACGCGACGAUAUCGCGAUUGUCUUUCGAUACGGCCAGUGACUUCACGCCGACGCAAUACCCUGUGUACGCAUUGCACGAGGUGGGAGACAGGUGCGAGGCAGUCGCCGCCAUGACGCCGGACAAGCCUGACGACGGCGGCUAUGAGCCGGUGCGCGACGCGAUUACCACCGACGAGAACAUUUACGAGGAGAUCGAGUACGGAUACAGUUUUACGGACGAGGGCUGCUCUUGCGGCGGGAGUGUCGAGGUCGAGAGUUGUUCCAUCAGCACCAACUCCGAGGGAGUCGGUCGAGACAGUCCUGUGUACGCUAAUCUACAAGACAACGACGCCUAUGCGGUCACUGCAGACGUCCUUUACUGGAGGAACGUUUUGCUUCUGGACCCGUAUUACAACGAAGACGAAGAAGAUGAGUGGAUCAGCCCAGAGAAAUCAGUGGAGUAUUCCCGAGAGAUUCGACCGCCGUUGGUCAUACCUCGCAUCACACAGUACCGUGCCCCGAGGAGAGAUACUCGCACAGUCGCUUCGAACUAUGAGGAGUGCACCGAAUCGAAGCCAGUGACAGUGAAGUCGUCAGUGCGGCAGUAUGAACGCCUGCAGGAUUGGAACUUCGAGACGCGGCGGAUGGACGACCGGUACGCAGUCGCCGGCAGCCCGCCGUUCCAGAGGCUGCAUAAAAAGAUGAGCGGCUCCUCCGAGAAUCUCCUAGCCGCCCGACGGCCGGUCCACCUGCCGCUCCCCGCCUCCUCCGCCUCCUCGGGAGACAGCCUGGACGUGGAGGUGCGCGGCUCCGGACUCGGGCGCUCCAGGAAAGCCAAGAGCCUCGUGCCGGCUAAGCGCGGGCUGCGCUCCCCCGUGCCGGCCCCGAGGACCGUGCUGCCGGACGCGCACGUCGCUGAUGGGUUCACGGUGAUCCACGAAGGCCCGGUGAAGCGCACGAAGUACUUCGAGGGGGGUAAGAAGAGCAAGAAAAACUGGGUGGACUGCUACAUGAUACUUACGCCUUCGGCUCUGCUGAGCUACAAGGAUAUCAGGACGUAUCAGGCUUCAAAGAUGCUAAAGCCUCCAGGCACGCCACCGAGCCCGACCGCGCCGCGUCCGGACCUCAUCCUACCCCUCAAGAACGCACACGUCAUACAAUGCGUGCAGACACAGACUAGGAGGUACACGAAAUCAAUCGAGUUGACGGUCAGCCACGACCGCUUCCUCCUCCAGGAUGACAGUGAGGAAGGCGCCAAGCGGUGGCUCAGGGAGAUACAGAACGUCAUAUACAAACUUGGCCCACCCACCGAUGACAACCUGUCAAUGAUGAACCAAAGCAGCAACACGGACCUCGAGAGCCUGGGCCGCACGCCGCCCGCGUCCCGUCACUCUAACAGGAGCAAACAGAAAGCCGGUGGUAGCAGUAACGAAGAUCUCAGCGAUUGCACAGAGCCGCCAAACAAAAGCCACGUCAGGAGCAGACUUAAGAAGUUCUUCCUCAAACGCCCGUCCAUGGAGCAACUUGUCAAAAAAGGGAUCUACAAAGAUGAGCCUGUCUUCGGCCGCAAUCUCUCCGAAGUGGUGCCGGCGGACGCGAACCCCCGCGUGCCGCCCUUCGUCGUCGCUUGCAUCAAGGAGAUUGAGAGCAACGAGGAGAAUAUGUGCACAGACGGACUAUAUAGAGCUAGCGGGAACCUGAGUCAGGUUCAGAAGAUACGGCUGGAUAUCGACCAGAACAAGCUGUCGUCGAUCGAAGAGAACGCAGACAUCCACGUGCUGACGGGAUCGUUGAAGCUCUUCUUCAGAGAGCUGAAGGAGCCGCUUAUACCCUGCAACAUGUUCGACAGGGUGCUGGCAGCUUGCUCAAUAAAACCAAGAGAAGCGAAAAUCAAAGAGUUCCGCGACAUAGUGAACUCACUACCGCCGUGCAACCGCGACACACUGAAAUAUCUUCUGGAACAUUUAUUACGAGUAACAAAGUACAGCGAACGCAACCGGAUGCACACAGCCAACCUGGCCAUCGUCUUCGGUCCCACGCUACUCUGGGCCCCGGCUGAGCAGGCCCACAAUAUCGCCAUAGACUGCAUUCAGCAGAACAAUGUCGUCGACACACUUCUCACAGAGUUCAGCGAGAUCUUCGUCGAGGAAGGCAAGGCUAGGAGAAAAUCGUGACUCGGACUUUAUAGGAAACGAGUCUAAAGCCCCUUUUGAAUUUUAGAUCGGUGACCCAAAGAGUAUCUUUAGUGUUUCACAAGAGAUGCCCUAUUUUGCGUCAUUUGCUGCAGGAGUGGGCAGGUCUUUUGGGUCAAUCUCCAGAUUUGUAUCUGCGUCUAAACUUCGUUAAAUCGUGCUAAACGUAUUCAUGGAGUUUGAAGUUGAGCGCAGUUAUAUAAUUUGAAAACGAGCCUUUUAGGGAUUCGUCAUUCUGUCGGUAUCUAAAAUGAAAAAAAGUAAGGGCUUGAUGAUCAGUUUGAAAAAAAAAAAACUCUAGAUACUUUUUCUGAAGAAGUAAAUAGGCCCUCAUAGAAUGUAGGAUUUUGAGAAUCCUGCAAAAUCUAUGUGAUGGACUGAGGUGGGCUAUGACUUGUAAAAAGGUCAGCUUUAGGUCAACGUGCCAAAUGUUGAUGACCAAAGCUGAUCAGUGGCGUUAUGGCUAAUUUAUGAUAAUUUUACCUUUCAGUUUAUCGAUUAUUUGCCGUCCAAAGUAGACUGCCAAAAUUUUGUCAGAAUAUCAGUGAUUGAUUACAUCGAGUGGUAAAUACAAUAACUUUUUAUUGAAAUUAGGUUGCAUACAUAGUUAGUACACAUAGUGUACGUAGAUUUGGUCAUAAGUUAGUCAUAACGUCAAAAUUAUUUAUGAAAUUUCUCUAGUUGAUGUAUCAUAGUUUGGAUUAACAAUGUAACAUAUUUAAUGCAUGUAGAAAACUAUGUAGUCUAAACAUGUAUAUAGAUGUGAUAUAACUAUUUACUGAAAACUAGAAUUUUGCCUUGAUAAAUAACUAAAUGAUUGAUGAUAAAAUAGGCCUUGUUUAAAGUUCAUUGAAAUGAUUAGAAAAUUCAAUUGAUCUCCGCUUUUAAAUUUUAUUAUUUGAUAUAACAGGGAUAGCUAUUAAAAUCAAGGGGACAUAACGUCACUACUUUUAAAAAAACUUGUAUCUUCGUCUGUCAAUGAAAAGAAAAUUGUAGUAAGUAUGUAAGGAAUGCAUAUAGACUUACUGCGUUUUAACUUUGAAAUCUCGUAUCUCACGCUGCUCCGUGAGAUACGAGAUUUUUUCAAAGUAGUGACGAUAAGCUUCUAUCCUUUUUCAAGUAGACUGAAAAAAAGAAACGGAAUUUUAUAAGGCCUUGGAUGCACUUUCAAUAACAAUAC